CUUGUGGCUACGUCUUUUUUUCUUUGUCAUGUUUUUAUGUUGAGUCCUUGGAGCACCAAAGUUGAACUUUUCUUCAACAAUUCUACUUUCAAUUCCUCCAAAUUUGGAGAAUCAUGGGAGAACAAAUCUUCAUUCUGCACCCAUUUUUUCCAAAAAAUGUUUUCGGAAAGAUUUUUCAUUUUUGGUUUUUGGUUUUUUGUUAUUUGUUACAUACUUUCAACUACAUAUAUACUUUUCCAAAUAUUCAUCACUUAUUUGAGGUGCAUGUGAAAUCAAUUAAUUAAAAUAUAUUUUACAAAUAAACAUUUCACCAUUUAAUGUAGACAAAAUACAAGCAUAUAUAUAAUUAACAAGUAUAGAACCUACUUCAACAAUCAUCGGUCUUAUUAUCGAAGGUAGUUUUUUGGAGCUGGAAGUUAGUCAUGUGAAGGUGAAUCACUUACAAAAUGAGAUUUUAGUAUAAAAUUCAAAUAUCAUUCAUCAUCAUCAUCAUCAUCAUCAUAUAAAAAUGUGUAUUCUUCUAGAUUGCUAACUCGGUCAAGUUAUUAGAAAACAAAUCUUCCUCUCAAAUUCUCCAGUCUCCUCUACAUUUCCCAAAUUUCAACGGUGUUAGUGUUGGUUUUGGAUAUUAAAUAAUAAAUACAAUGUUGUUAUUAUAAUCAUAUUAAUCUCCCCAAAAAUGGCGUUGUUACAUUUACUCUGUUUCUUUCUGUUCAUCCUCUCCACCAUCACCAGCUGCCAUGGCCUCCAGAUCGGAGUUUACUGGGGACAGGGUCAGAACGAAACCACCCUCAUUGAUACUUGCGCCACCGGCAAUUACCAAAUUGUCAACAUAGCCUAUCUCAGUUCAUUUCAUACAACUGAAAAUGGAUCGCUUAAUUUAUACGGCCACUGUGAUUCAACCACCGGCGGCUGUACUAUAUUGAGCACAGAAAUCAAGUCAUGUCAAGCCUUGGGCAUCAAGGUUUUCCUCUCCAUUGGCGGCGGUGCCGGUAGCUAUACUCUGAAUUCCACCAACGAUGAUGAUGCUACCAACGACGCCUUAUACUUAUGGAACAAUUUCCUCGGCGGCGAAUCAAGUUCCCGUCCUUUAGGAGACGCCGUACUGGACGGCAUUGACUUUGUUGCCGGAUGGGAUCCGUCAUCAAAGCAUAGAGAUAAGCUUGCAAGAGCGUUAAUGAAAUACAAGGAACAGAGUAAGGGUAAAAUUUACUUAUCCGCGGCUCCAGAAUGUCCCUUCCCUGAUGCAAAUCUUCAGCCUGCUAUCAACACAGGAGUCUUUGAUUACGUUUGGGUUCUGUUUUUCAACAAUCCUUCCUGCGAUUACUCGGACGGAAGUCUUGAUAAUUUGCUGGCUAGUUGGAGUAAGUGGACAAAAAUCAAUGCAGGUGAAGUGUUUGUUUUUUUGCCAGCGGCUCCAGAAGUGGCACAUUCGGGAUAUAUUCCUCCUGAUGUGGUGAGAAAUCGAGUGUUACCGGAGCUUAAACGCAAUUCAAAAUUUGGGGGAGUGAUUUUGUGGUCUAGGGAAUAUGAUAGAGGAUAUAGUUCAAGCAUUAGCCAAAUAGUAUGUGGAUCGGCAUGGAGUGACACGACGAGUGAUAUGGCGUUGCUCCCCAUGGGUAAUAAGUAUGGUGAUACACAAGGAUUUAGAACUUGCAGAGGAACUUGUAUGCUUUGGAUAGACUCAAAUUGAUAAUAUAGUUGAAUCGUGUUGGCUCCUAGUUUUUUUUAUUAGAAUCGAUGUAAAUUUUACUUCUCUCAAACUCUAUUAUUGUAUUUCAAGAUUGUUAGAUUAUUGAAGAGUUUUGAAAAAACUUUCGCUCAA